UUGCCAUGUACGACCUCAACAAGUACUGGGAUGUGCUUAGCAUCAAUAAUGACUGGUAUGGCGCAGAAUUCAUAUCGACCGUGGAGCAUGUCAAAUAUCCAUUUUAUGGCGUGCAAUUUCAUCCGGAAAAAAUUCUUUAUGAAUUCAUUCCUAAUCGAAAUAUUACACACACUUCGCAAGCUGUCAUCGCAUCACAAUAUUUUGCAGAUCUUUUUUGUGAAUGAAGUGCGUAAAAAUCGACAUUCUUUCGCCAAUCGUACAGAGGAGAUCGAUGCGCUCAUCUACAACUAUCAGCCGGUGUACACGGGUGCUAAGGGUUCUGCUUUCGUCCAACAAUAUUUGUUUGAGGCAUAUAACGCCAGCACAUCAUCAGCAUUUCUAGCGGGUGCCACGGCGAUUGCACUGUUUGUUGGCAUUGAUUACGAUAUGUGUCGUGGGAGGCGUGGAGGCGUGAUUGGGCGAGAGAAAGAAUACUACGAGGACAUUAUGUCUAAAAUUAAUGGUGUCCUACUGCCAGGCGGUGCAACUUAUUUCAAUCAAUCGCGUGGCUAUGCCGAUGCCGGUCAACACAUUUACAAUAUUGCCAUUGAAAUGAAUGAGGCCGGCACAUAUAUGCCCAUUUGGGGCACUUGCUUGGGUUAUGAGCUUAUGAUCUAUUUAACAGCGAAUCGUACAGAUUUACGCACCGAGUGCUCGUCAUCGGCGCAAGCAUUACCGCUGGAAUUCGAGAAAGGCUACAACAAUAGCAGACUGUUUGGCAAUGCCAGCGCUGAAGUGUUGCACAUAUUGAGCACAUACAAUGUGACAGUUAAUUUUCACAUCUUCUGCUUUACGAAGGAGACAUUUGCCAUGUACGACCUCAACAAGUACUGGGAUGUGCUUAGCAUCAAUAAUGACUGGUAUGGCGCAGAAUUCAUAUCGACCGUGGAGCAUGUCAAAUAUCCAUUUUAUGGCGUGCAAUUUCAUCCGGAAAAAAUUCUUUAUGAAUUCAUUCCUAAUCGAAAUAUUACACACACUUCGCAAGCUGUCAUCGCAUCACAAUAUUUUGCAGAUUUUUUUGUGAAUGAAGUGCGUAAAAAUCGACAUUCUUUCGCCAAUCGUACAGAGGAGAUCGAUGCGCUCAUCUACAACUAUCAGCCGGUGUACACGGGUGCUAAGGGUUCUGCUUUCGUCCAACAAUAUUUGUUUGAGGCAUAUAACGCCAGCACAUCAUCAGCAUUUCUAGCGGGUGCCAGGCGAUUGCACUGUUUGUUGGCAUUGAUUACGAUAUGUGUCGUGGGGGCGUGGAGGCGUGUAUGACGUCAUAGUGGUCUCAGAAUUUUUUAGGCUAUUCGGUCAUUUAGUUUAGUCAUUAAUUUUAUUGCUUGUUUAACUAUUUUGUUGCCAUAAUUUUCGAUAAUCACUCGCUGCUAAUAUGUAUGUAUGUAUGUAGUUCCUUUAGAAAAUGCUAUUCAAUGCAGUUUUUACAUAUAUGUAAGUAUGUAUGUGCAAACAAAGAGCUUUAAGUAUAUUAAAGUAGAGAGACCUUCAUCAACGCAUUUUAAUGCCUGCCUAAAUCAAACACCGCUACAAUUUUGAAUGUAAUAGGGGUAUUCACUCAAACCGAAAAUGCCUUUUAAAGCUCGAAAGCUUCGACCGAACUGCCAAGUAUUUGUGAAAAAUAUUUUUUAGGCUGAAUUUUUCAACUUUUCGAGUUCAGAUGAAUGCUUCUAUGGUUCUUUUUAGUUCCCCCCAAGGCAAAAGAAACAGACAUUUGAGCAAAAACAACAAAAACAGCAUUUAAGUGCAUUUUGUGGUUGCUUCUGGUCUCCAAAGUGUCAAACAAAAUUUCAGAUUUUUUUUUAAAUAUCAUAAUGGGCCAUGUGAAAUAUAC